CGGUGGCCGAAGCGGGCGGAGGCUUGGGAGAGUUACUGUGCAAACAGUUACUGAUUGUGAUUGCUUUGUUGCACCACUACUAUCGGGCUGCUUCGGUCUCAUUCACACGGCCAGCACGUCCUGCCCCCAUCAACCACCAACAAUGAUGCUACCAGCCGGCUGUCCCAUCCCCCUUUAUUUAUAUCGCCGUCCCCGCCUGCUGUUCCGUCCUGCUUGACGACUUGGCGGUCCACAGGACACUUCCACCCUCGCCAUUGCUCGGUCAGAUCCGCGCGAGUAUCUAAAAGCUCUGCCAAAAUGGCGACAGCGGAGGCACCAGGCGCGCGCUAUAACGCUGAUGUGGAGCGACUUAUUAAGUCAGAAUUCCCGAUGCUGAGGGACUCUGUCUACCUGGACCACGCUGGCACUACGCUGUACCCCGUGUCUCUACUCAAUGACUUCUCCAGGGACUUGACUAGUAAUCUCUACGGCAACCCGCACUCGGCUUCGAGCUCCUCCCAACGGUCGACCUCCCGCAUCGAGGACGUCCGCCUCCGCGCAUUACAGUUUUUAGGGGCGGACCCGGCGCAGUUCGAUUUAGUCUUCACAGCCAACGCCACAUCCGCAACAAAGCUCGUUGCGGAAGCCUUCAGGGCGUUACCGGGUGGGUUUCGCUAUAUCUACCAUCAGUCGUCCCACACGAGCCUUGUAGGCGUUCGGGAGGAGGCACAGAGCAGCUGCUGCCUUGAAGACUCUGCGGUUGAGCCCCUGCUUUCGAACCCGAGCACAGCUCCGGCCUGUCAGGAUGACCAAGCAUACUCGACGCUUUUCGCGUACUCAGCGCAGUCUAACUUCGAUGGUAGCCGCUCGCCGCUAUCUUGGGCAGGCGGGGUGAGAAGGGCACUAUCUAGUGGAGGUAUGAAAGUGUUCACUCUCUUAGACGCCGCCUCCCUGGUGUCGAGCUCUCAGCUGGAUCUUGGGGGUUCCGAAGAUGCCCCUGAUUUCGUGGUGCUGAGUUUCUACAAGAUAUUUGGAUUCCCAGACCUUGGCGCACUGCUUAUUCGAAAACAGGCCCAAGACGUCUUUGACUCGCGGCGAUAUUUUGGAGGAGGCACAGUCGACAUGGUGGUCAGCAUCAAGGAACAGUGGCAUGCCCCGAAGACACAUUUCCUCUACGAGCGGCUCGAGGAUGGCACCCUGCCGAUUCACAGCAUCGUCGCCCUGGACGUCGCCAUGACCGUCCAUUACCGUCUAUACGGGUCCAUGAGCGCCGUUGCAUCACACACCACAUUCCUCGCCCAGAGGCUGCACGCCGGACUAGAAUCUCUGAGGCACGAGACAACAGAUUCCCCGGUCUGUAUCAUGUACUCAUCGCGCCCCGAGGUGCAGCCUGGCGGCAGCACGGCUAGCAGCGGGCCGAUCGUCGCCUUCAACAUUCGUAAUGCCUCGGGAGCAUGGCUCAGCCUCGUCGAGUUUGAGAAGCUCGCUAUCCUGCGCAAAAUCCACGUCCGCACCGGCGGGGUCUGCAAUCCGGGAGGCAUUGCGGCGGCACUACAGCUCGAGCCGUGGGAGAUGAAGAGAAACCUCUCGUCCGGGUUCCGGUGUGGAACGGACAACGACAUAAUGUCUGGCAAGCCGACGGGCGUCAUCCGGGCCAGCCUCGGCGCCAUGAGCACAAUAUCUGACAUAGACACAUUUGUCGAAUUUGUCGCUGAAUUUUUUCAGGAUAAAACCACAUUGUCCACGCUCCUUGAAAUCGCCCGCCCCCGUGCUGUGGCCUCCGCGGAGGGCGGACCCCAGCUUUUUGUUCAUAGCUUGGCAAUAUUCCCCAUCAAGAGCUGCGGCGCAUAUCCAAUACCAGCCGGCGUGGCGUGGGAGAUUAGGCCAGAGGGUCUUGCCUGGGACAGGGAGUGGUGCUUGUUGCAUCAAGGCGCUGGCUACGCUCUCAGCCAGAAGCGAUAUCCGAAAAUGGCUCUCAUCAGGCCAGUCGUCGACUUUGACCGUGGCGUGCUGCGCAUUCGCUACUGCGGGGAGCUGCCCCAGGGUGUGUCGGGGGAAAUCUCGAUCCCCCUAUCUCAUGACCCGUCCAUGUUCCGAGACGGCUCCGCCCUCUCCGCGCCGUCGCGCGUGGGCGGCGACAAGGUGACGGCGCAGUACUACACAUCCGACGCGGUCAACACCUUCUUCUCGACCGCCCUGGGUGUCCCAUGCGUGCUGGCGCGAUUUCCGCCUGGCGGCCACGGCAGCGGCGGGAGGCGCUACGCGAAAGCGCGCAUCCAGAAGCACCAGGAAGCGUCGCAUGGCAUGUCGGAGAUGGUGUCAAGUGUUGCGGCCGCUGCCUACGACUUGCAGGAGCGCCCUGCUCCGCCCUCGCCGCCGGACUCGGAUCCAGAUACCAGGCAGCGGCCUAUUCUGCUAUCAAACGAGAGCCCGAUCCUGGCCAUCAACCUCGCAAGCGUUCGUGCGCUCAACCACGAGAUCGAGGCUCGGGGAGGCGUCGCGGUCUCCUCAUCGGCAUUCAGGGCCAACGUCGUGCUGGGUGCCGCCACCGCUCCGAGCGACGCUCGCGCUGGUAGCGAUCAGCGGGAAUACCAGGAGGACGACUGGAAGACCCUGAGGAUCGGAUCGCAGUCAUUCACCAUGCUCGGCGCGUGCAGGCGUUGUCAGAUGGUGUGCAUUGACCAGGAGACAGCCCGCAAGGGGGACGAGCCUUUUGCGACCCUCUCCAAGACCAGGAGGUCCGAGGGCAAGGUUUUCUUUGGCGUGCACAUGGCUCUGAAUAACAUGCCUGGCAGCGAUCACGCCAUGACGAGGGAGUCACAGCGCCCGACCAUAAUGGUGGGCGAUCGUGUCUAUAUCAACGGUACGUGAGACUCGGCAGGUGUCGACAAGUACGUACUUAACUAGAGACAACAAGGGCGAAUCUAUAAAUACAUCGAUCUAGGGAGUUAGCUAGCGCAGACGAUAGAGGUAAUAUAAGGCGUAUUUGGCCUUGGCCUAGCAUAGACUGGCGAGGCGCGCACGCUGUUUCCACAUGUGCAUGAGCUCUAGAGCCCGGUGACAAUACUAGAGUAAACCCGGAAUCUGCGAACGAAUGUUAUGAUGCC